GGUCAGGGCGCUGGAGCUGGACAGGGAAGCGGGGCUGGUCAGGGCGCUGGAGCUGGUCAGGGAAGCGGGGCUGGUCAGGGCGCUGGAGCUGGUCAGGGAAGCGGAGCUGGACAGGGCGCUGGAGCUGGUCAUGGAGCUGGACAGGGAAGUGGAGCUGGACAGGGAAGCGGUCAGGGCGCUGGAGCUGGACAGGGAAGCGGUCAGGGCGCUGGAGCUGGACAGGAAAGCGGAGCUGGACAGGGAAGCGGAGCUGGACAGGGAAGUGGUCAGGGCGCUGGAGCUGGACAGGGAAGCGGAGCUGGACAGGGAAGUGGUCAGGGCGCUGGAGCUGGAAAGGGAAGUGGUCAGGGCGCUGGAGCUGGACAGGGAAGUGGUCAGGGCGCUGGAGCUGGACAGGGAAGCGGGGCUGGUCAGGGCGCUGGAGCUGGUCAGGGAAGCGGGGCUGGUCAGGGCGCUGGAGCUGGUCAGGGAAGCGGAGCUGGACAGGGCGCUGGAGCUGGUCAUGGAGCUGGACAGGGAAGUGGAGCUGGACAGGGAAGCGGUCAGGGCGCUGGAGCUGGACAGGGAAGCGGUCAGGGCGCUGGAGCUGGACAGGGAAGCGGCCAGGCAAGCGGAGCUGGACAGGGAGCUGGACAGGGAAGCGGAGCUGGACAGGGAAGUGGCCAGGGCGCUGGAGCUGGUCAGGGAAGCGGGGCUGGUCAGGGCGCUGGAGCUGGUCAGGGAAGCGGGGCUGGUCAGGGCGCUGGAGCUGGUCAGGGAAGCGGGGCUGGACAGGGAAGCGGUCAGGGCGCUGGAGCUGGACAGGGAAGCGGAGCUGGACAGGGAAGCGGAGCUGGACAGGGAAGCGGCCAGGGCGCUGGAGCUGGACAGGGAAGCGGAGCAGGUCAGGGCGCUGGAGCUGGCCAGGGAAGCGGAGCUGGUCAGGGCGCUGGAGCUGGUCAGGGAAGUGGACAGGGAAGCGGAGCUGGACAGGGAACUGGUCAGGGAAGCGGGGCUGGUCAGGGCGCUGGAGCUGGUCAGGGCGCUGGAGCUGGUCAGGGAAGCGGGGCUGGUCAGGGCGCUGGAGCUGGUCAGGGAAGCGGGGCUGGACAGGGAAGCGGUCAGGGCGCUGGAGCUGGACAGGGAAGCGGAGCUGGACAGGGAAGUGGAGCUGGACAGGGAAGCGGCCAGGGCGCUGGAGCUGGACAGGGAAGCGGCCAGGGCGCUGGAGCUGGACAGGGAAGCGGCCAGGGCGCUGGAGCUGGACAGGGAAGCGGAGCUGGACAGGGCGCUGGAGCUGGUCAGGGCGCUGGAACUGGUCAGGGAAGUGGACAGGGAAGCGGAGCAGGUCAGGGCGCUGGAGCUGGCCAGGGAAGCGGAGCUGGUCAGGGCGCUGGAGCUGGUCAGGGAAGUGGACAGGGAAGCGGAGCUGGACAGGGAACUGGUCAGGGAAGCGGGGCUGGUCAGGGCGCUGGAGCUGGUCAGGGCGCUGGAGCUGGACAGGGAAGCGGUCAGGGCGCUGGAGCUGGACAGGGAAGCGGUCAGGGCGCUGGAGCUGGACAGGGAAGCGGUCAGGGCGCUGGAGCUGGACAGGGAAGCGGAGCUGGACAGGGAAGUGGUUAGGGCGCUGGAGCUGGACAGGGAAGCGGAGCUGGACAGGGAAGUGGUCAGGGCGCUGGAGCUGGACAGGGAAGCGGAGCUGGACAGGGAAGUGGUCAGGGCGCUGGAGCUGGACAGGGAAGCGGAGCUGGACAGGGAAGUGGUCAGGGCGCUGGAGCUGGACAGGGAAGCGGUCAGGGCGCUGGAGCUGGACAGGGAAGCGGUCAGGGCGCUGGAGCUGGACAGGGAAGCGGUCAGGGCGCUGGAGCUGGACAGGGAAGCGGAGCUGGACAGGGAAGUGGUCAGGGCGCUGGAGCUGGACAGGGAAGCGGAGCUGGACAGGGAAGUGGUCAGGGCGCUGGAGCUGGACAGGGAAGCGGAGCUGGACAGGGAAGUGGUCAGGGCGCUGGAGCUGGACAGGGAAGCGGAGCUGGACAGGGAAGUGGUCAGGGCGCUGGAGCUGGUCAGGGAAGCGGAGCUGGACAGGGAAGUGGCCAGGCAAGCGGAGCUGGACAGGGAAGCGGAGCUGGACAGGGAAGUGGCCAGGGCGCUGGAGCUGGUCAGGGAAGCGGGGCUGGUCAGGGCGCUGGAGCUGGUCAGGGAAGCGGGGCUGGUCAGGGCGCUGGAGCUAGUCAGGGAAGCGGGGCUGGACAGGGAAGCAGUCAGGGCGCUGGAGCUGGACAGGGAAGCGGAGCUGGACAGGGAAGUGGAGCUGGACAGGGAAGCGGCCAGGGCGCUGGAGCUGGACAGGGAAGCGGAGCUGGACAGGGCGCUGGAGCUGGUCAGGGCGCUGGAACUGGUCAGGGAAGUGGACAGGGAAGCGGAGCAGGUCAGGGCGCUGGAGCUGGCCAGGGAAGCGGAGCUGGUCAGGGCGCUGGAGCUGGUCAGGGAAGUGGACAGGGAAGCGGAGCUGGACAGGGAAGUGGCCAGGGCGCUGGAGCUGGUCAGGGAAGCGGGGCUGGUCAGGGCGCUGGAGCUGGUCAUGGAGCUGGACAGGGCGCUGGAGCUGGUCAUGGAGCUGGACAGGGCGCUGGAGCUGGUCAUGGAGCUGGACAGGGCGCUGGAGCUGGACAGGGAAGUGGUCAGGGUGCUGGAGCUGGACAGGGAAGCGGUCAGGGUGCUGGAGCUGGACAGGGAAGCGGUCAGGGCGCUGGAGCUGGACAGGGAAGCGGAGCUGGACAGGGAAGUGGUCAGGGCGCUGGAGCUGGACAGGGAAGCGGAGCUGGACAGGGAAGUGGUCAGGGUACUGGAGCUGGACAGGGAAGUGGUCAGGGUACUGGAGCUGGUCAGGGAAGCGGAGCUGGACAGGGAAGUGGCCAGGCAAGCGGAGCUGGACAGGGAAGUGGCCACGGCGCUGGAGCUGGUCAGGGAAGCGGGGCUGGUCAGGGCGCUGGAGCUGGUCAGGGAAGCGGGGCUGGUCAGGGCGCUGGAGCUGGUCAGGGAAGCGGGGCUGGACAGGGAAGCGGCCAGGGCGCUGGAGCUGGACAGGGAAGCGGGGCUGGUCAGGGCGCUGGAGCUGGUCAGGGAAGCGGGGCUGGUCAGGGCGCUGGAGCUGGUCAGGGAAGCGGGGCUGGACAGGGAAGUGGCCACGGCGCUGGAGCUGGUCAGGGAAGCGGGGCUGGUCAGGGCGCUGGAGCUGGUCAGGGAAGCGGGGCUGGUCAGGGCGCUGGAGCUGGUCAGGGAAGCGGGGCUGGACAGGGAAGCGGCCAGGGCGCUGGAGCUGGACAGGGAAGCGGGGCUGGACAGGGAAGCGGCCAGGACGCUGGAGCUGGACAGGGAAGCGGAGCUGGACAGGGAAGCGGUCAGGGCGCUGGAGCUGGACAGGGAAGCGGAGCUGGACAGGGAAGCGGUCAGGGCGCUGGAGCUGGACAGGGAAGCGGAGCUGGACAGGGAAGCGGUCAGGGCGCUGGAGCUGGACAGGGAAGCGGAGCUGGACAGGGAAGCGGUCAGGGCGCUGGAGCUGGACAGGGAAGCGGAGCUGGACAGGGAAGCGGUCAGGGCGCUGGAGCUGGACAGGGAAGCGGAGCUGGACAGGGAAGCGGUCAGGGCGCUGGAGCUGGUCAGGGAAGCGGAGCUGGACAGGGAAGCGGUCAGGGCGCUGGAGCUGGACAGGGAAGCGGUCAGGGCGCUGGAGCUGGACAGGGAAGCGGAGCUGGACAGGGAAGUGGUUAGGGCGCUGGAGCUGGACAGGGAAGCGGAGCUGGACAGGGAAGUGGUCAGGGCGCUGGAGCUGGACAGGGAAGCGGAGCUGGACAGGGAAGUGGUCAGGGCGCUGGAGCUGGACAGGGAAGCGGAGCUGGACAGGGAAGUGGUCAGGGCGCUGGAGCUGGACAGGGAAGCGGUCAGGGCGCUGGAGCUGGACAGGGAAGCGGAGCUGGACAGGGAAGUGGUCAGGGCGCUGGAGCUGGACAGGGAAGCGGAGCUGGACAGGGAAGUGGUCAGGGCGCUGGAGCUGGACAGGGAAGCGGAGCUGGACAGGGAAGUGGUCAGGGCGCUGGAGCUGGUCAGGGAAGCGGAGCUGGACAGGGAAGUGGCCAGGCAAGCGGAGCUGGACAGGGAAGCGGAGCUGGACAGGGAAGUGGCCAGGGCGCUGGAGCUGGUCAGGGAAGCGGGGCUGGUCAGGGCGCUGGAGCUGGUCAGGGAAGCGGGGCUGGUCAGGGCGCUGGAGCUAGUCAGGGAAGCGGGGCUGGACAGGGAAGCAGUCAGGGCGCUGGAGCUGGACAGGGAAGCGGAGCUGGACAGGGAAGUGGAGCUGGACAGGGAAGCGGCCAGGGCGCUGGAGCUGGACAGGGAAGCGGAGCUGGACAGGGCGCUGGAGCUGGUCAGGGCGCUGGAACUGGUCAGGGAAGUGGACAGGGAAGCGGAGCAGGUCAGGGCGCUGGAGCUGGCCAGGGAAGCGGAGCUGGUCAGGGCGCUGGAGCUGGUCAGGGAAGUGGACAGGGAAGCGGAGCUGGACAGGGAACUGGUCAGGGAAGCGGGGCUGGUCAGGGCGCUGGAGCUGGUCAGGGCGCUGGAGCUGGUCAGGGAAGCGGGGCUGGUCAGGGCGCUGGAGCUGGUCAGGGAAGCGGGGCUGGACAGGGAAGCGGUCAGGGCGCUGGAGCUGGACAGGGAAGCGGAGCUGGACAGGGAAGUGGAGCUGGACAGGGAAGCGGCCAGGGCGCUGGAGCUGGACAGGAAAGCGGCCAGGGCGCUGGAGCUGGACAGGGAAGCGGAGCUGGACAGGGCGCUGGAGCUGGUCAGGGCGCUGGAACUGGUCAGGGAAGUGGACAGGGAAGCGGAGCAGGUCAGGGCGCUGGAGCUGGCCAGGGAAGCGGAGCUGGUCAGGGCGCUGGAGCUGUUCAGGGAAGUGGACAGGGAAGCGGAGCUGGACAGGGAACUGGUCAGGGAAGCGGGGCUGGUCAGGGCGCUGGAGCUGGUCAGGGCGCUGGGGCUGGUCAGGGAAGCGGAGCUGGUCAGGGAAGCGGAGCUGGUCAGGGAAGCGGAGCUGGACAGGGCGCUGGAGCUGGUCAUGGAGCUGGACAGGGCGCUGGAGCUGGUCAUGGAGCUGGACAGGGCGCUGGAGCUGGACAGGGAAGCGGUCAGGGCGCUGGAGCUGGACAGGGAAGCGGUCAGGGCGCUGGAGCUGGACAGGGAAGCGGUCAGGGCGCUGGAGCGGGACAGGGAAGCGGAGCUGGACAGGGAAGUGGUCAGGGCGCUGGAGCUGGACAGGGUACUGGAGCUGGACAGGGAAGUGGUCAGGGUACUGGAGCUGGACAGGGAAGUGGUCAGGGUACUGGAGCUGGUCAGGGAAGCGGAGCUGGACAGGGAAGUGGCCAGGCAAGCGGAGCUGGACAGGGAAGUGGCCACGGCGCUGGAGCUGGUCAGGGAAGCGGGGCUGGUCAGGGCGCUGGAGCUGGUCAGGGAAGCGGGGCUGGUCAGGGCGCUGGAGCUGGUCAGGGAAGCGGGGCUGGACAGGGAAGCGGUCAGGGCGCUGGAGCUGGACAGGGAAGCGGGGCUGGACAGGGAAGCGGUCAGGGCGCUGGAGCUGGACAGGGAAGCGGAGCUGGACAGGGAAGCGGCCAGGGCGCUGGAGCUGGACAGGGAAGCGGAGCUGGACAGGGAAGCGGCCAGGGCGCUGGAGCUGGACAGGGAAGCGGAGCUGGACAGGGAAGCGGUCAGGGCGCUGGAGCUGGACAGGGAAGCGGAGCUGGACAGGGAAGCGGUCAGGGCGCUGGAGCUGGACAGGGAAGCGGAGCUGGACAGGGAAGCGGUCAGGGCGCUGGAGCUGGACAGGGAAGCGGAGCUGGACAGGGAAGCGGUCAGGGCGCUGGAGCUGGACAGGGAAGCGGAGCUGGACAGGGAAGCGGUCAGGGCGCUGGAGCUGGACAGGGAAGCGGUCAGGGCGCUGGAGCUGGACAGGGAAGCGGUCAGGGCGCUGGAGCUGGACAGGGAAGCGGUCAGGGCGCUGGAGCUGGACAGGGAAGCGGUCAGGGCGCUGGAGCUGGACAGGGAAGCGGAGCUGGACAGGGAAGCGGCCAUGGAAGCGGAGCUGGACAGGGAAGCGGCCAUGGAAGCGGAGCUGGACAGGGAAGCGGCCAUGGAAGCGGAGCUGGACAGGGAAGCGGCCAUGGAAGCGGAGCUGGACAGGGAAGCGGCCAUGGAAGAGGAGCUGGUCAAGGCGCAGGAGCUGGUGAGGGCGCUGCUCAGGGAAGCGGCCAGGGCGCAGGACAUGGCAGCGGUGCUGGACAGGGAUGCGGCCGAGGGAAUUGUCAUGGAUGUGGCCAAGGUCAAUGUUGUGGUCAGGGACAUGUUAAUGGUAAUUUAGCAUAAUAUUUUCUGGAGAUCUUUUCCACUCCUUCAUUCAAAUGGCAUGUUUUCCCUUUUUGCUCAUGUGGUUUAGAAUUUCUGUCUCUACCACCUCAAAUUAAAAAAAAAUAAAACUGCUUGAUUUGAAAAGUU